AAUGAAUGGACCCAGAUCGAGUCCAUGAAUGAGAGGAGAAACGAUGCCAGCGCCACCACCCUGAAUGGCAAGAUAUACAUCUGUGGGGGCCACAAUGGAACAGAGAGCCUAUCUACAGUGGAGUGCUUUGACCCCCUCACUAACGAAUGGAGCUUGAUCACUCCAAUGAGCACUCCCCGUCACAGCCUUGGAGUCACGGCGUAUAAAGGGAAGAUAUAUGCGGUGGGCGGUAUCAACAGGCCUGAUCACCUGCAGACCAUGGAGGUCUAUGACCCUACCACAAACCGCUGGCAUGCUGUGGCCCCCAUGUCCACACCGCGCAGUGAGUUUGGCAUCGCAGUGGUGGACGACCUCCUAUUUGUGAUGGGCGGCCACGAUGGGUUUGGGGUAACUAACAAGGUGGAGUGCUAUGAUGCGGGGACAGGCAGCUGGUAUCGUGCGCAGGACAUGAGCCGAGCCAGACAGCAUUUCAGCUGCUGCGUAGUGCCUGCGCACCCCCGCAUCAUAGAAUACGCUUCACCUCGUUAGUCCCUAAUGGCCGCCAAGGAGGAGAGAAACCCAUCUGCCCACAACAGCAUGCCCAACUCUGCUUCCUCAUUGGAAGGUGUGUUGGUGGGAUCGAGGUCUUUGAAGACAAAGCUGUCCGGAAGUAAUUUUCCAUGGCCUCGCUAAACUCCUCCCACACCUGAGUUUUUACCUCGACGACCGCCGAAGCCGCAUUCCAACAUUUCAUCAACGCUGUCCACCAGCGGGUUGGGGGAUUGCUGCCACAACAGGCCACAGCUCCAGUCAGCCGCCUCCACAAUGGAGGCAUGGAACAAGGCCCAUUCGUACUAGUCAGUCCCCUGCGUCCUCCAGGACAUGGGAGAAGCUCUGCUGGAGAUGGGAGCUGAAUCUUCUCCUGACAUUGCAUACUUAAAAUAAAGUUUUCUUUUUCAUAUUA